GCUCGCCACAGUGGACGCGGAGUCAGCAAGCGGACGCGAGUCCCCGUUGUCGGAUGUCCGACGUCCGGAUAGGAGGAGCGGCGGCGCAUGUGUACGCGUGUUUUUGUAUGUGCGUGUGUUUACACGCGUACCCGUGCGCACGCCGCAAACUUUGAUCCGGAUCUGAUCCGGCGUCUAGCCGGACCGGACUGCGCUCCGGUGGCGCAACCUAUAACCUAACAUGCGGAGGAAAGUAACGGGGUUGACGGUAAAAUCCCGGACCCAGACAGGCUGUCACAACCGGGCUGAGUGAACGCCGGGAGAGUUGCGGAUAUAGGGAGCCCGCUCAACAUCCACACAUCUGCGGCUGACUGCGAGGAUGUCCAAGAGAAUGCUGUUAGCAUCCCCUUCUGGUAUGGAGGAAUGAGGGCCCCUGGAUGAAGGCCAUGGAGCUGAAAGUGUGGGUGGACGGAGUACAGCGCAUCGUAUGCGGCGUCACAGAGUUCACCACAUGCCAGGAAGUGGUCAUCGCUUUGGCACAAGCCAUUGGACGUACUGGAAGAUAUACUCUGAUUGAGAAAUGGCGGGACACAGAGCGUCACCUUGCCCCACACGAGAACCCGGUGGUGUCUCUCAACAAGUGGGGUCAGUAUGCCAGCGACGUUCAGCUCAUCCUCCAGCGAACCGGCCCGUCGGUUAGCGAGCGGCCCACCUCGGACAGUCAGGCCCGCGUUCCAGAGCGUGGCCUCUACCGACAGAGCCUCCCGCCACUGGCCAAGCUCCGCCCCUCCGCCACAGACCGCUCCCUCAAACGAAGGGAACCCAAGCGCAAGUCUCUGACCUUCACUGGCGGAGCCAAGGGUCUGCGGGACAUAUUUGGGAAGAGCCGAGACAAUGAAGUCAAACAGUCACAGCAGGGUGAUGUAAACAUGAACCGGAGCAGGGUUGGAAGUGGCGGCUUUGGCGGCGGUAUAGCGGCAGUGCCUGGGAGUCCAUCCAGAGAGCUGAGUCGACUGGUGCAGCUGCAGAGGGACAAACUUCAGGCCCUGGAAAGCCGUCUGCUGGGCUGUGAGGCUGAGCUGCUGGACUGGGAGGAGGCCACCAGGGAGACCAAUGAGGGCAGAGACCUGGAGGAGGAACUCCUUCUCAUGGAGCAGCAGGUGCGGAGGAAUGAAGCCGAGAUAGAGGAGGAGGAGUUUUGGAAGAACGAGCUCCAGAUCGAGCAGGAGAGCGAACGGCAGCUCCGGCAGCAGCUGGCAGAGCUGCAGAGCCGCGUGUGUGGCUGUGAGACCCAACUGAUGGAGUACCUCACCCGCAUACAGAGUCUGGAAGUGGGACUGGAGCAGGAGCGCCUGCAGCAAGAGACAGAGCUUAACCAGCAGGCCAAUGAGGAGGAGGUGCGAGCCCAACUGGGGAAAGUGAGGGCAGAGUUGGACAUGCAGAGUCAACACACGACGAGACUGGAGAGCAGCUGCAGGUCGCUGGACCGCUCUCUGGGACACUCCAGCAAAAGACUGCAGGAGAAGGAGCAGGAGUUGGAGCAGCUGACCAAGGAGCUGAGACAGGUUAACCUCCAGCAGUUCAUCCAGCAGACUGGUACCAAGGUCACCGUCCUGCCUGCUCAACCCAGUGAGGAGAACAACAAUGAAGUUGACUGUGGUUCGCUGAAACGAUUGGGCUCCUCACGUCCCUUACCCAGCGACCUCCGCACCCUGCAGAACGCUGUCACCUCCAGCCUCAACCCCGAGGGCAUCUACGUUUGACCUCGGAAAUGUCCAGGAGCCAGUGUUUGAGCAUCAGAGCGGAUGGAGGGACCAUAUCCCAUGACCCGAGGUUUCAACCUCCCGUGACCCCCAUUUACACCCAAAGUGUAAAACUUUCCAAAGUGUCCUUGUGCAAGACACUGAUCUCACCCCCGGGCUUCAGGGGUGACGCUCUGUAGAUUACCCUGCGAGUCGACCUUGCCUGUGGAGGGGGGCAUGCCAAGAGACAAAAUACCCCCAAUGGAGGAGCGAUUAUAGUAUCUCUAAAGAAACGCUUGACAACAGAGAAAAACAUAGCUAGUUUAUGUUUUUUGCACCUUUCUACCCCCCCCCCCCCCAUAAACUCUGCAAAUCAACUCAGUGGCAUGUCUUCCAUCUUGUGAGGAGGUCAAACUGAUGUCAGUAUACUUAGGCGCUGCAAAAUCUUUAGAUAUACCAUCUAUAUAUACAGAAUAGUGAGUACAAACAAUGACAGCCUACAACAGCUUGAGUUUGAAGAAUAAAAAAACAAAAAGCAAAACAAACAAAUGGAGGAAAAAAAACAAGCAAAGAAACAAAAGCAAAAUCCUGGUUUCAGCCUUGUGUAGAAAUGUUUGAUGCUGGCAGACUGACAGACUUUCUGAUGACCGAUAAGGUUUGAAGCAAACAUUGCAGAUGAAGUUUUUUUUUUUUUUUUUUUUUAGUUCUGCGUUGUUUUGCACUGCAUACUGUAAAUGACUUAGUGAUCAGUUGUUAGAUAACAAUGUAGUCAACAGAGAAUAUGUUUUGUGUUCUAAUGUUUGAACACAAAUGCAACACAUGCACAUACAUAGCCAAAUACAGAGACUAACAUGAACACACACACUCAUACACACAGACGUGCUCAACGACAUACACACCACACAUCUAGUUGAGAUCUAUGCUAUAACCAUAGCCAUAUCCAAUUGCCUUACUCCGAUAUUCCUGAUUUUAACACCCCCCCCCCAAAAAAAAGGAGGUCAAGAUGUUUAUACACAAACCACAUUACUUUGAUAGCUGACAAAAUGUGUAUCCCCAUUUCAGGUGAUUCCUAUGGUCGCUGAUGUAGAAAUAACAGAAGAGCAGUGUUGAAUUUUUUUUUUCCAUCUGUACAAGUUGAGUUUAGUUUUUUCUGUUGGUGUUUGAAGUAUAUCAAUAAUUACCUGCUGCGUAUUUUACAUUAUUGGAUGGCAAUUUUACGUGUGUCACGUAAAACCGGUGGGAAAACACACAAACUGAACAACAAAUUAGAACGGAAGGAAAUUGCUUUGUGAGCAACCCAGAAUGAUUUAUCUCAUCAUCUUCUGCGGUAAGUCCUUUUCAGGGGAGCUUUUGAAAAACUAAUGAGGCGGUGAGGUCGCUGGAGUUGGCCUUUGAGCUGUGUAAAUCCAGCUUUCUCUAUUGGCUUGCUCGGAGUGACGCACCACCGAUCUUGACCACUAGGUAGCAACAGAUUAUAUAUUAUUCAUAUAGGGGUUGGUGAACCCGCACAUGGUCUUCAGUCAAAUGUAUAUGUUUUCAAACAUUGUUGAUAUGAUACCGUGUGUAUUGUUCUGUGACAUACAAUCAGCACUUUAACUUUCAACACAUUAUUUGAGACGCCACUUCCUAUGCUGGCAAAGUAUUCAAUGUGUCGCUAUGUUCCUCAAGUAGGGAAGGACAGAAAGACACACACACACACACACACACACACACACACACACACACACACACACACACACACACACACACACACACACGUUCAUCAAGAAGCAGUGUUUUGCCUACAGGCUAUAUUCAUUUGUCUACGUCCUUUCCUCAUUAGUAACCUUUUAAUGAAGUAACUGUGUUGUCUGUUUACUAAUUAUUUUUUCUGAACUAAAGAUGUCCUCAUAUGAACCAAAGCUAGUGUGACAAAAACAUACCAGUUACAUGAAUGUACUUUUUUUAUAUGUACAAGCAAUGCGCCUGUGGAGUGUUUUCUGAGACCAGGGUCAAAAAUUAUUUUUAUAGUUUGUUUUUACAGUGUGAGGAGGUGGAUGGGUAAGGUUUGUUACACAGCACUUUUCAAAGAAUGGCCUGAAAGUUUGACAUUACCUGAAUCGGCCUGACGUGGUAAACCCCACCCAGCUGGUGCUCUGCGCAGGUUGAAAACAAACUAAGAAAUAAUUUUAAACCACAAUUUCACCAUCUGGUCUGGUUCAUAAUCCAUUGGCCCACUUGUCUAGGUGAUGUAUACCUCUCAUUGCAGACAAAAGAGUGUUUCUAUCCCGGGUUUCCCAAAUUUGAAUGACACUUAUUGCAUUGGGAAAAGCUGGUAUUAAAACUGUGAAUGUACAACAAGAGUAACUUUCACUCAGCGAUAUACCCGCUGAUCCCAUCAUGGGUCGAGGGCCACGGUUUGCUGUGCCGUGUGAAGGUGACUCGAGGAGACCGUGACACAAGUUGACUAACAAAGGUCGCCCGGUUGUGAAACUUUUCCCCUUGGUGUGUGGUAUUAUCAUCAUGACUUCAGCUGUGACAGAGACUGUAACCCACUAACAUAAGAACCACAGCGACGGCUAGUUAGCAAAGUUUUGACUAAUGGCAUGCCUUACUGAAAAGAAAAAACAAACUGUAAAUAAUGUCUACAUAUCAUAACAGUCUGGAGUAUUUUGAAAUGUGAGUAGUGCUGAGGAGCUUGGAUUUUACCGAGCCUUCUCAUUUAAUGCCACCAUUCAAUAGGCAGCUCUGCAAGCAUGAAACGAGGGGCGGUGGGUUAAGUUUGGCUCCAGUUGGCAGCUACCAAGGUAGCGUCGACUCAUCUUAGGUUUGAUUUGCUGUCCUUUAAAAGUGCAGUCAGAAAAAUUACAUUUACAUACUGGGGUUUUUAUAGUCAAAGUGGAAAAGCAGUGAUUUACGUAUGCAUAACUACACUAGAUCCUAGGUUGAGUGUGAAUGAGCAGAACGUUGAUGACUUCCCCUCUUCACUUUCAGCUGCCUUUUCACAGUGAAGUCUGAUGAGAGAUGAUGAAACUUACAUGAUCUGACACACAGUCAUCUUGCAUUGAAUGCUUGUCCAGUUUCGGGUCACGAGAAUCAGUGAAAAGGUAGCUGAAAGGGAAGUGGAAAGGUUCCAACAGCUGAUGUGUUUUGCUUUUUGCCAACUGGUGCUUCAAAAAACUGUGUAUACGGUACAUCUGACAUGAUGAAGCUGUUAUGGGAGCAGAUGUCAAGUCUCUGAGAAAGACACUUUUGUAAUGUGGUGAAUAUGAAAUUUUAUAGUCGGGACGUAUUUUGCAGGGGGGUAUUUUAAGGUGUGCAAUUGUCUGGACAAGAAUGGAGAAAAAAUGUUGAUGGUCAAUCUUACAUAUGGUGUCUUGACAUUUUUGACAAGUUAAACUUGUAUUGCAACAAAGUUGUUAGAACAAUAAUUUCCCUACUUAAGCUAAUGUCUAAAGUUACUUCACAAGUUGAACUUGUACAUUUGGCCCCAUCGAUCAAACUGCAGUUUUGGGACAACUUGAACUUGUGUGUGGCCCUCGAGGAGAGCAAGUUAUCUGGAAAGUGAACUGCAACAACAAAGUGGUUAUUUCCUGAUCAUUUUGAAGAUUAUCAGGAUAUUGUUGGAAUUGUGCCUCUUUAAAUAGCCCUCUGCCAAAACAAACUGUUUACAUGAACUCUACACUGUAAAAUGCAUCCGGUUAAGAUGAAGUAUGCUUGGUUAACAUCAUUAACCUGCUUUCCUUUAUGUAAACGCCCCACAGACGAGACAUGUUUUAUUUAUUAGCAUUUUUUUAUUAUUGUUUGUUAAUGCACACACAUCUUUUUUUUGUUUUCAAAAAUGCCAAACGACUUCAUUUGGCUUAUUAUUUUGGCACUAAUGAUCAAAAUUGUAAAUUCAUGAAAAUAAAUACUAAGAAAUAUGUAAAAUAAAGAAGUAAAAAAAACAUGUUCUGUAAAUAUAACUGGGAACUAUAACAAAGUUC